AUUUUUGUUCUGUUAUUUUGUUUAACAAAGUUAAAAUCUGACGGAUAAAAAAAUUUAUCUUCUUGUCUGCCAUCCAUGGAUUGUCCAUGGUAAAAACUGAAAAAAGAAUUUUAGAUAGUUGCUUGGUUUCUUAUUUUCAUUUAAUAUUUAUUUUGAAGAUUUUUUUACCUAGGAGAUUAUAUUUUAAAUAAUUUUAAUUGUAUAUAUUGAAGAUUGAAGAAUUCUAGAAAAUUGAAAAAGUCUAGAAUCUUAAUUAAAAUGAAAAUCAGUCUGGAGUUUGAACUGGUUUGAGAGUCCCACUAACAAAACCAAACAAAUCCAUCAGCUAAAACAAAAGGACAUCAUCAUCAGCCAAUUAUUCAUCACUGUCGUAUCCAUAUUGCCUCGAUGUCCUACUCAUUCUUCCACCUAAGCACACUGUCUUCCUAUUCAUUUCAGAUCAUUUGCUUGCUGUUUGUUGCUGUGAUUGCGAUGUCGUUCUGUCUGCUGGGUUGUUUCAGAAAAAACUGGAAGUCAAACAAAAGUAAAUCUUCAAAAGUUGGGGCCGAAGUGUUGCAUAGCAACAACAUCCAGAAUGUGAACAGUUUCAAUAGCCAGAAUGUUGCACAGGAUGAAAAUGUUGAUGAGAACGAAGUUAACAGUCGACCACCGGGUCCGGAUCGAGCCCUGCCUGAAAUUCCUGCCUCGAGUUCAUCCCGCAACAUGGCGUCCAUGGAUGAGGAGGAUGAAGAUGACGACAGCAUCUAUGACAUCAUCUCUAAGUCGAAGAAGAUGCAAUCAACGAAUUGUAAUGGAGUUGUUGGUGGGUGUGUUGCUGGAGGAGGGGCAGGUAGUGCUGGUGAUGAUGCCAGAUUGGGAGGAGCCACAACGACUACGAUGACAUCAACUGCAGCUUUCUACAAUGGCAUUGAUGUUGAUAGCAUCAACAACAACGACAACAACAACAACAAUAUUAACAACAACAACAACAACAAUAAUGAUGAUUUUGCUGGCCUGUAUUCAACAGUUAACGAUGACGACAAUGCUAAUGCUGGCGACACUAUCAACAAUCCCAUUGAUAUGAUAAACAGCAUUGAUAGUAAUACUAAUAAUAAUAAUGAUAAUAAUAAUAAUGAAAAUGAUGACGAUGAUGAUGAUGGUGGUGGUGUUUAUAAAAACAGAAACAGAACGUUAACAACUAAUAACAUCAUGUCUAACAGUCUCUUUGCCACAUCAUCAUCUGGUAGGAAUCACAAUGUCAUUGGUACCGUUUCUCUCAUAUCCCCGACGAAAGAUUUUUUUUCUGUCAAGUUCAAAAAUAGCGCUGACAGCAAUAUCAGCAGCAGCAGCAACAACAACAACAAUAUUAAUAAUAGCAGGCUGUUAACAAAUGCCACUAAGAUCAGUUGUAAUAGUAGUAGUAAUAAUAAUAAUACAACAUUUCAUCACAUACCUGAUUCUAACACUAACAAUCGCAACAAUCACAGCAAUAACAAUAAAAGUAACAACAACAAUAACAACAAAGUCGGCAACAACAUCCCAAAAUCCAAACACUCUCCAUUUUUGUUCAUGAACCCAAGCCCUUCUCUGCCACCAAGAAACAACCUCUCAGAACACAGCAACAACAUCAAUAAUUGCAACAACAUCUUCUACAACAGCAGCAACAACAACAAACAUAACAACAACCACACAACAACAACAACAACAACAACAUUGAAUGGUCAACCGACAAACAAUGUUAAUAGUUGCUCUGCUGUUUUACUCGACAGCUACAGCAGUAAAACUUACUUAAAUUCCGGAAAUGAUUUUUGCUCCAGUGGUGCAACUAAUAAACACAACGGAAGAUUCGUUUAUAAUGGUGCUAAUUACAAUAACAACAAUAACAACAACAAUAACCAUUUCAUUACCAACAUCAACAACAGCAGCAAUAAUAAUAAUCAUUUCAAUAACAGUCAUAACAUCAACUUUGACAGUAGCAGAAACAACGGCCAUUUGCCAAACAACACUAACCUGCAAAACAACAACAUCAACCGUGAUAACAACCACAACAACAACAACAACAACGUAGAUGACUACAACAACAACAUGCUGUCAGGUGGUGGUGGAAUGAUGAGGAGAAAUAAUGAUGCCGACGAUCCAGACGAGGAAGAAACACAGCCAUCAUCAUCAUCAUCAACAGCAGUCUCAGCAGCAGCAACUUCAACAGCAGCAGCAGCCACAGCAGCUACACUCCAAGCUACUGCUACGGCAAACGUCGAUCUCCGAACUCCUGAUUAUUCGAGUGUGACGGCCAGGGAGUCAUUAGAGAAUCUGAGGAAGAGAGAGAGGGCUAUGAUGGCGAGUAUGAUGAUGAUGUCGACGAUGCAUGAGUCUCAGGAUGAGACGUAUGAUACCAUUAACUACGAUCAAACGACAAUGACGUCAUCAUCCCCCAACCACGACCGAGCGUCCAUUCCAUCCCUUGCCCUGGUCGACCACGUGUACUGCACUGCUGGCAGCGAUAUAUACGCUGAAAUUGGAACAGGUCAAAAUUCAUCCCGUAGUUCCAUGUAUGCAAGAGUCUCUGAUGUCCUGCCGAUGUCAUCUUCCACUCAUUCCAUUAACAACGUCAACAACAACAUCAAUAACAACAACAAUAAUGUUAACGGUUGUGACGUCAGAGAUAGAGAUUUGAACGGCAACAACAACAUUACAACGACAUCAACAUCCUUGACGACAUCCAGAUCAUUCGGCAACACCUUGAACCACCACCAGCAACAACAUAUGCAACAAUCGUCAUCAUCAUUUCUGCUGAGGAGUGAAAGAUUAAACAUUAACAGCAGCAGCAACAACAACAACAACAUCAAUCACAUCAGACCCUCAAGUUACAACAACAAUUUAGUAGCAACGACUCACAACAACCAUCAACCAUUAUACUCAACUGUGAACAAACAGCGACCGAAAACUUACAUUGACAACUCACAUCAUAACAACAACAACAACUCACAUCACAACAACAACAAUCACAUCAACAACAACAACAAUCACAUCAACAACAACAACGUCAGCAAAACCAACAACAAAUUAUUAGAUAAAAACCAUAAUUUUUCUUCAUCAGCCACUAACAAUACCACUAUAUUGCCAGUCAAUAAAAAAUUUAACAACAAUAAUAAUAAUAAUAACAAUGAUAAUAAUAAUAAUUCCAACAGCCUAUCACGACUCAGCAACGACAGAUCAAAUUUGUUGAAAUACAGGACCGAACCAGGCUAUGCAAGAAUCAACCAUCCAUCAAGUACUCUCCAACCGACCAAUCAACACACGUCAGCAUUCAAUCGAUUGACCAAUCAUCAAUCACUUUUCAACGGCUUGACCAGUCACCAGCCACCUUUUAAUAAUUUAAAUAUGCUGACCAAUCAAAACACAGCUAUUUCGUAUUUAAAUGGUGGCUCGACUUCCAAUCAUAUUGUAUCGAUUUAUGAUGUAGUCGGUGAUGAGUUUGACGAUUCAAAUUAUGAACCUGUUCCAGCUGAUUUAGAAUUAAACGGAGCGAGUCUCUCCACUAAUCAGCAUUCUGCAUUUGCUUGUGCACCAACCAAUGAUCAUUCAGCUUUUUAUUUGCCUGCACCAAUAAGCAUGAAGGUACCAUGGUGGCUGAAAAAUGACAAACCAAAUGAAGACAACAACAACAACAACAACAACAAAUAUUUCAAAAAUAAAUUUAGUAUAAGUAACAACAACAUCAACUACAACAGACGUAACAACAACAACAACAACAGUGAUGGUUUAGAUAAAGAUUACAUUAUACAACCCUACUCAACUUCCAGAUUAUUUUCCAAGCCUGCAACAGCAACGAACAACAACAUCAACAACAACAGAGCAACAACAUGCAACAGAGCAUCGUUUCGCACCGCGUCAAAAAGCCCAACGACAGCAAACACAUCAACCGCAACGACAUCAUUAUCAAUACCGAAAGAGCCAUCACAAUCACCGCCAUCGUCAUCAUCAUCGUCGUCGUCAUCUUCUCCGAAAUUCAUAACCCACCAACCAGCAUCUGCCUCUCCAAAACUGGAGUGGAAUAACCGCAGGACGACACCUUUCAUAUUUUGCGUUACUGCCAGCGAGAGUGAGUACGAACACCGAAACAACAGUGCAAUAACCAUGGGCAGGUCUAGGUUCUACGUUGCCAGUGACGUUGAGCGACAACAACAGCAGCAACAGCAGCAGCAACCAAAGAAAAACACAAUGUUGAAAAAUGGCUUCGUGAAAGUCACCAAUAAUAGCAACGUCAACAACAGCAAUUACAACAUGGAAAAGAGCAGCUAUGGCAUCAACGACGUCAAAGUUGACAACUACAACAACAACAGCAAAUUCAACAUUAGCAACAACAUUAACAUUAAGAGCAACAUCAUCAACAACAUUAGCAACAAAGUUGAUAGCAGUUACCCAACCAUCAACAAUCUCGAUGAUAAUAAGCCAAACCAACCAAUAAAAUUAGUAAGACAGCAUAUAUACGAACUAGUCAAAGAUGCUAUAUACAUCGAUGAGGACGAUGAUAAUGGUCGUCGUAGUAACGAUCCUGCUGGUGAUAGUAAUGAUUCUGUUAUUAGUGGUGGUGGUGGUGGUGAUAACGAUGAUGGUAAAGUCGUCAUUCAUAUCAUUAAUGGCCAUGCAGAUGGUUAUUAUAACGAGAAAGAUGACGUCAUCGAAACUGAUUUAUAAUCCAUUUUACUUUCUUUCUGUUUAUUGUCGUCGUUGUAUUUUCAUGGUUUCGUUUAGUUCUUUUUUGAUAUUAAAGUUCACUUUUUUAAUAUUCAUUUGGUAUGGGGAAGAAAUAGCUCUGUUAACUGUA